AAAGACCGGCAGCACUUUGAGCAACCUUUUACUAGUAGCGUAUGAGAUAAAAAUCAGGAAGAACUCGUAGAUCUGACAGUUUGGCUGCUCACUACCACGCUUCGGCUUUCGUAUUUCACAAGCUAAAAACGUAACCGGCCUGUCCAUCACGGAAGUGGAGACGGUAAAACUCGAAAAUGUCGACACUCGAGGAUGCAAUCAAAAAAACAGCAGACAUCCUCGGCCGCAUUAUUAAAAAGCCUCCUCUGACGCCAAAGCUCCUUUCCAAACCGCCGUUCCGUUAUCUUCAUGACCUCAUUAGCGAGAUCAUUAACACAACCGAAUUUGCCAAAGGGCUAUAUGAUGAGAUUGAAAUGAAUUCUGAAAAUGUCAAGGAAAAAGAUGCCAAAAUUGCGUACUUGACAAAGAUAAUUGACUGCGUUGGAAUUGCAACUGGAGUCGAAGUGAAGGCAUCUCCAUUAAAAAUUGUUGCCGGAUUGGAGCCAGAAGAAACAAACUUUCUGCUGCAGCUCUUAGGAAAGGCGGUAUUGAAAAAGGUGGACAGUUCCGAUGCCGUCAAGCGCGUCCUUGUGGGAGAGCACCAAGGGAAACGACGUGGUUCCAAGGAGUCUCUCUCAGCAGGAAGAUCUACAAAGGCCGGGGAUUCAGGAAGCCUAUCUGAUUUACAAAAAGGAAAAUCAGAUCCUGCAUUAGAUGCUCGACCGCAAACUUCAAGGGGAGCCAGAGAUCAUUCCGCGCAGAAAACACAACCACAGCACCAGCCACUAAAACCACAGACCCCUCCCGCAACAGAGCCGUCACCACAAUCACCGCAGUCGCAAUUCAGAUCACCACAAGUAUCAGCUGCAACGCCGCCCCCUUCAAAGCCGUCUCCCCAACUAUCUUCUGAAAGUCGGUUGCCACCAUCUGUGGAAGCCGUCGCCCCCUCGCAGGGACGAGCGCUUCCACAGCCAGCUUUGGAAGAAGCAGUUCCAGAAGAAUCCGUUCGGACAGCUGAAAUGGACCUCGAGGAUCGGCAAGCAAGAGUUGCCUCAACUCCACGUCGUAUGCGACCAGCAAGCGCUCGGCCAGCUCCUCCAAGACAGAGGGCGCCUGAAGUUGUUUUGGAGGAAGUUCCAAAGGACCUACCAGCAAUAUUCACGGAAAGGAAACAAGAUGACGAUGACCAGUUUGUAGUAAUAGCCCAUGACGAUGAAGACGUGCUGGCGCCGACCGGGAGAGAAGAGGGGCCACUGGCAGAUGAGAAACAUGGUGGUCUCGUCCGAACAAUUCUCCAAACGAAGCAGGAGCUGGAAGGGACCAAAGAAGUGGAAGAAAGCAAGGAUCGAGCCAAAACAGCCAAGGACCGCACGGGCGGAAAGAAGGAGAUUGAAGCUCUCCGAAACUGGAUUCAAGCGCUCACACGGAGCACAAAUCCUCUUGGUAAAACCAUGGACUACAUGCAGGAAGAUAUUGAUAGCAUGAACAGGGAGCUUGAAAUGUGGAGAAAAGAGCGGCAGAAGUACCAAAGCGUCUUAGAUAUGGAGCUCAGUACAACACAAGAAGGCACUACCGCCCUAGAAACACAAUUAAGAGACAUUGAAAAUGCAAUUGACGAACAACUCGAAAAGAUCAGCAGCGCAAAAGCCGUCAUAAUUCAGAAUGAUGAACUCAUUCAACGACUACUGCGUGGAAUAACAAAAGGAGGUCUAUAAGAUGCUUUGGACAAUGAAUACAGACAUACUGAACACCCGCUA